CAUGCUCGGUACUCCGGCCCGGUUAGCACUAGGAGUAGGAAGGGCUUUCAACGCCGGCUGGGGCGACCGCCAGCCGGCACUUUGAUGAAUCACGUGUGUUGAGGCCGUCUUAAAGAGAUAGGCACCUACUUUUCCUCCACCCUAAACACCGCCCCGAGGGUGGAGGCGACCGCGGUGAUUGCAGCUGCUUAGGGGCAGGGCUUGCCCCAGCGCUGAGUGGUGGUGGCACCGGCGUGGUUUGCGUCGGGGUUGCCUGAGCUUGGGGAGACCCGUUGGCCUGGGAGCGGCUCUUGGCGGGCAACCCUUUCCGUCCGUGGACGCGGGACAUCCUGAGCGCUCCAAGGGGUUUUUGCCCUUGAGGAGACUUGGGCUUUCUAGGCGGCAGGUGACAGGGCCGGGGAAAGAUGGAGCAGCCCGGGGCGGCGGCGUCCGGAGCUGGAGGCGGAGGCGGCGGCGAGGAACCCGGCGUGGGCCGGAGCAACAAGCGAGGCACGGGGAACCGGGCCGCCAACGAAGAGGAGACGAAAAACAAACCCAAAUUGAACAUUCAAAUAAAAACUUUGGCAGAUGAUGUGCGUGACCGAAUUACAAGUUUCAGAAAAUCUGCCAUCAAAAAAGAAAAACCUCUUAUUCAACAUCCUACUGAUUCUCAAGCUGCCAUGGGUGAGGUUCCAUCAGCUCAGAUAUUACAUGAUGAACGAUCUCUGAUUUUGUCUGAAAAGGAAGUUCUGGACCUCUUUGAGAAAAUGAUGGAGGAUAUGAACCUUAAUGAAGAAAAGAAGGCUCCUUUGCGAGACAAGGAUUUUACCACCAAGCGUGAGAUGGUUGUCCAGUAUAUUUCUGCUACUGCCAAAUCUGGUGGCCUGAAAAACAACAAACAUGAGUUCACCCUUUCUUCACAAGAGUAUGUUCAUGAAUUGCGAUCGGGCAUCUCAGAUGAGAAACUCCUCAAUUGCCUGGAAUCUCUUAGAGUGUCCUUAACCAGCAAUCCUGUCAGUUGGGUUAACAACUUUGGCUAUGAAGGACUUGGCGUCUUACUGGAUGUGCUGGAGAAACUUCUGGACAAAAAACAGCAAGAAAAUAUCGACAAGAAGAACCAGUACAAAAUCAUUCAGUGCCUGAAAGCAUUUAUGAACAAUAAGUUUGGACUACAAAGGAUUCUAGGUGAUGAGAGAAGCCUUUUACUGUUGGCAAGAGCAAUUGACCCAAAACAACAGAAUAUGAUGACUGAAAUAGUAAAAAUCCUUUCUGCUAUUUGCAUUGUUGGGGAAGAGAAUAUUCUGGACAAACUUUUAGGGGGCAUCACUGCUGCAGCUGAACGAAAUAACAGAGAACGAUUUUCCCCAAUUGUGGAAGGCUUAGAAAAUAAUGAAGCCUUGCAUCUCCAGGUGGCCUGCAUGCAAUUCAUAAAUGCACUUGUAACUUCUCCAUAUGAUCUUGAUUUUCGAAUUCAUUUGAGGAAUGAAUUCCUACGUUGUGGACUAAAAGCAAUGCUCCCAAGUCUUAAAGAGAAAGAAAAUGAUGAGCUUGAUAUUCAGUUAAGGGUGUUUGAAGAGAACAAAGAAGAUGACCUAACUGAAUUAUCCCACCGUCUCAAUGACAUUCGAGCUGAAAUGGAUGAUAUGAAUGAAGUCUUCCAUCUUCUUUAUAAUAUGCUGAAAGACACUGCUGCUGAAGGUUACUUAUUAUCCAUUCUGCAACAUUUUCUGCUCAUCAGAAAUGAUUACUAUAUCAGGCCACAGUAUUAUAAAAUAAUUGAGGAGUGUGUUUCACAGAUAGUGCUGCACUGCAGUGGCAUGGAUCCAGACUUCAAGUACAGGCAACGCAUAGACUUUGAUUUCACUCAUCUCAUAGAUGCUUGUGUAAACAAGGCAAAAGUUGAAGAAAGUGAGCAAAAAGCAAUGGAAUUUUCAAAGAAGUUUGAUGAAGAAUUCACAGCUCGUCAGGAGGCUCAAGCAGAGAUUCAGAAAAGAGAUGAAAAAAUCAAAGAACUGGAAUCAGAAAUCCAGCAACUUCAAGCCCAGGGACCUGGAUCUGCAUUUCCAGGGCCACCUCCACCACCUCCACUACCAGGUGCAGGGCCAUGCCCACCACCUCCUCCACCACCACCCCCACUCCCAGGAGUAGGUCCUCCUCCACCACCACCAUUGCCUGGUACUGCACCACCACCACCACCUUUGUUUGGAGCACCUCUUCUACCACCACCCCCUGGAGGAAUCACUCCUUCCCUACCAGGACCAGUUGAGCUACCAUAUGGAAUGAAGCAGAAAAAACUGUAUAACCCCGAGGUAUCCAUGAAAAGGAUCAACUGGUCCAAGAUUGAGCCUAGAGACUUAUCUGAAAACUGUGUUUGGCUAAAACUUAAAGAAGAGAAGUAUGAGAAUCCAGAUCUUUUUGCAAAAUUGGCCUUGACAUUUCCUUCCCAGAUGAAAGGCCAAAGGCAUGGAGAGACUUCAGAAGAAAAUAGGAUUGGGCCUCAAAAGAAGAAAAUGAAGGAAUUAAGAAUUUUGGAUACCAAAACAGCCCAGAAUCUGUCUAUCUUCCUUGGCUCUUACCGCAUGCCUUAUGAGGAAAUAAAGAACAUUAUUUUGGAGGUUAAUGAAGAGUUGCUCAGCGAGGCCCUAAUUCAGAAUCUUGUGAAAUAUCUUCCUGAGCAGAAUGUACUCAGAGAACUAGCACAGCUUAAGAACGAAUAUGAUGAUCUCUGUGAGCCUGAGCAGUUUGGUGUUGUGAUGAGCACUGUGAAUAUGUUACGGCCUCGUCUCACAAGCAUCCUUUUCAAACUCACCUUUGAAGAACAUGUCAACAACAUCAAACCAAGCAUCAUAGCAGUAACUCUUGCGUGUGAAGAACUGAAGAAAAGUGAAAGCUUUAACAGACUCUUAGAGUUGAUUCUUCUGGUUGGAAACUACAUGAACUCAGGCUCAAGGAAUGCCCAGUCUCUGGGUUUUAAGAUCAACUUUCUGUGUAAGAUCAAAGACACAAAAUCAGCAGAUCAAAAAACAACUCUUUUGCAUUUUCUUGCUGAAAUUUGUGAUGAACAACACCGGGAUAUCCUAAAAUUUCCUGAAGAGCUGGAGCAUGUGGAAAGCGCAAGCAAAGUUUCAGCUCAAAUACUCAAGAGCAACCUUGUAGCGAUGGAGCAAAGCAUUCUUCAUCUGGAGAGUAACAUCAAGAAUUUCCCCAAAGCAGAGUCUCUUCAUGAUAAAUUCGUGGAAAAGAUGAUGAGCUUUACGCAGAAUGCAAGAGAGCAGUAUGACAAACUGUCCACCAUGCACAGCAAUAUGUUGAAACUGUAUGAGAGUCUGGGAGAAUACUUCAUUUUUGAUCCGAACAUAGUAACCAUAGAAGAAUUUUUUGGUGAUCUCAACACCUUCAGAACCCUUUUUUUGGAAGCAUUGAAAGAAAACCACAAGAGAAAAGAGAUGGAAGAGAAGAGCAGGAGGGCAAAGCUUGCAAAAGAGAAAGCUGAACAAGAGAAGCUGGAACGUCAGAAGAAGAAGAAGCAGCUCAUUGAUAUAAACAAAGAGGGUGAUGAGACUGGAGUGAUGGAUAAUCUUCUGGAAGCCCUACAGUCAGGUGCAGCAUUCAGAGACCGCAGAAAGCGAAUUCCAAGGAAUCCAGAUAACAGACGGCCCACUCUGGAAAGAUCACGCUCUCGCCACAAUGGAGCCAUGCCAUCCAAGUGAUUCCUGUGACCAGGGAGAAUGGAGACAUUUAAGAAAACAAAAUCAUCCAUUUUGAGAGGAACAAAUAUACACUUAAUAGUUGUAGUGGAAAUAAAUGCAUUUCCACAAAGGUCAAACUGAUCUGGGUGAAAGGAUGUGUUUUUAUUGGAGUACUGCAAGGACACUCAUCUGAACUUAGAUGGCAUUAUUAGAAAACAUUUGUUCCUCUCUAAAGAUACAUAUAACUUGUCAUUGUGUAUAAAGACCUAACUGUGAAGAUCAAAGUAUAAAUCAUCGAAGAAUCCUAAGGCUUCUACCAACAUUCCAGUCUGUCAAAUAAUUUAAAAACUGAAAUUCUAGGUCAGACCUACCCACCCCAUCCCCCCAAAAUAGACAAAGGGCCGGGGAAAGAUAGGAAGAAUUUCCAGGGUCUACUUUCAGCUCAUCUUAUGUAUAUCUUGUAAAGUCUAGGAGAAAAGGUGCACUAAUGAUUGGGAAGGGGCAAAUAGUACAUUCUAAAAGAGGCCCAAUUCACGGUAUUUAGACCCCAUCUCAAGUGAAAGCUAAUGGAUUCAUCUAUGUGGCAGAAAUUAAUCUUCCCAUUACUCUAAUGUUUGAGGGCAGUGUCGCAGGCACUUAUCAUUGGUAAAACUAAACCAAAGUUUAGCAGAAUCCUCUAGAUUUCAACUUUAUUUAAGAUGUAUUUUUUAAUUCUCCAUAGGUAUCUGCCUUAUAGAAAAUCUUUAUACAGCUAUUUUUGAGAAAACUUCUAUACUUUCAUGUAUGUGCUAGGGAUGAGCCUGAAAUUCUAUUGCCUUUAUUUAGAUUUUAGAGGAAAAUAUUGAUUCCUAGUUCUUCCCUCUAUUACUUCUUUCUCCUUUCACCCCAGAACAGAACUGCAGAAGAGUACAGAGAGAAGAAAGUGACUUUUUAAUGCAGGAGGAAACGUUGGGAAGGUCAAUUGGUUGGUCUCUAGUUCUAUCCCUUUUCCCACUCCACUUUGGUAGUUGAAGAAAAUGUAAUUCUCUCUCCCCACUUCCUAUUCCUCCUGUCUUCUCCCUCCCUCCCUAUUUACCUACCAAGCUACCUCCUUCACUCCCUUCUUCUCCCACCUUCUCCCUUCCUAUCCCUCCCUCUCCCUCCAUCUCUAACGGGCGUGCAUGUGUGUGUGUGUGUGUGUGUGUGUGUGUGUGUGUGUGUGUGUGUGUGUUUAUAUCUCUUACAGAAGUAACCCGUACCCUAGUAAGAAGGUAAACCUCUCUGUCAUCAUCAUACUUACUUACCUUAUAUUAUUAAUACAUUUCAGUGAUGCUGCCAAAACAAAGCCAACAGAUAAAGAAGCUCAGCCUUGUUUUAAAUAUUUGAGAGACCAGAAAUUAUACUUAACUUGUCUAUUCUCUUACAAUGUGCAUUUGUAAUAAUUGGUGUAAUUUCUCUGGAGUGUAAUUUCAAAACUAAUUCAUGCAGAUGAUUGUGAUUGCUGUAAAAGAUUGCUUGUAUGUAUAUUUCUUAUGCAGAUAAUUCUAUUUCUAUUCCACCAAAGCACAUUAUAGACAAUUAAAGAAAAGAACACAUAACUGACUUGGCAAGCCUUCUUCUAAGACAAGGUAAACCAGUGACCAGUAGCACACAGAUUCUUUCUACGGAUGUAAAGUAAUUUAAACGGUUGCCUUUCACUUAUUCUUACUUGGGUAUUAUAUUUCAAAAUACUCUGAAGCUGCUAUAAGUAGAGAAAUCAGAAGGUAACAAUGUCUGAGUUUUUUCCUUUUGUUCUUAUGUGAAAACACACACACAUACAUACACACAUAUGAUUUAGAACAUACCACUUUCACACACUUUUUAAACAAUCACUAUGAAGUUUAGGUUCUACUAAUUGCUGUAAAUAACUACUGUAUGCAUUUUCAAUUUUACAAAGUAUUUUCUGAAAUAUUGUGGUAUGGCUUAUUUGAGGUUUUUUAGUUUUGUUUUUAUAGCUUUUCGGGCUGUAAAAAAUUGAUCUUGAAAUGUAAACUUUGACUGAAAUUUGGGGCAUUUGCCCUGCCAUAUUAUCUAACUGGUCAAGGUUGAAAUACUGAUGUAUAUCACCUUUUCCAGAUGUGAACUUGCCUUAUUUUCUAGUUUGUAAACAAAAAUUAAUGAAGUACUAUUAUUGAUAAAUUAUAUAUUUGUAUUUAAAUGCAUUCCACGUGCUUUUCACAAACAUUAGAAAACCUUUCAGGGGACAGAUGCAUAAUUAACUCAUUGACUUAUAAUAGUCCUGUUCUGGCUACUUGCACUUUUUGUUUUAGGUUGAAAGGUAUCAUCCAAAAACAAAAGUACAUAGUGGUAUUUUUUAAAAGAAAACCAAAUUAGGAUGAAAUAUUUUAUGUGUUUUUGUUUAUUUCUGCCACACAUAAAAAAUGCCUGUUUCUACAACUUUUUCUUCAUAAUAUUACAAAACAAGUUAACUGAUUAGAAUAUUUUCCUUUGGCUACUGUAAUGAUUUACCAUCAGUCUUAUAGUUUAAGACCCCAACAAUUUAUUGUUCCAUGGUCCUGGAGGCCAGAAGCUUGACAUCUGGACAUCAGACCAUUCAUGCUACCUCCAGAGGCUGCAACAGAGGCCCCCUUCUUUGCUUUGUCCAUUUCCCAAUGGCCAAUGGCAUUGUGUGGCUUGUGGCCACAUUUUUCUCUGUUCCUUUUUACAUCAUCUUCUCUGUGUACCUGAUCUCUCUCAGCCUGUCCUGUUGAUGGUGGCAUUUAGAGACUGCCAUCUUAAGACAGGAUAAUCCUCUCUGAUAACAACAUACCCUGAACUUUAUGAUAUCUCUAUGACCCUUCUUUCAAGCAAGCUAACCUCCAGGUUCUUUCCUAGAUAGUUUAGCUCUGUAUUUGAGAUAGUUGAAUGAAUCUAUAAAUGUGUGCCCGAUCUUUUCAUCACAAUUCAAAAGCUGGCAGGCUACAUCCUUUUCCUUAGCUCCAAAGUACAUCUUCACACAGAAUUUCCUCAUUUUAUCAUCUUUCACUCUUAACAAAAUUUACCAAAUCAAGUGUUAAUUCCUUCUUGACAUAAUGGUUCUUUCUUCACUAUAUCUCUUGUCUUAUUUCUUUUCUUGUUUCAAAUUUUAAUUUCCUCCUAUCUGGUUCUUCUUUAAAUUAGUACAAAGGUAGUAAGUUGCAUUAUGGUAUUUUCAUGCUUUGUUGUUGUUGAUGAUGAUGAUGGUGGUGGUGGUGGUGGUGGUGGUGGUGGUGGUGAUGAUGAUGAUGAUGAUGAUGAUGAUGAUGAUGAUGAUCCUUCUGCCCUCGAUUCUACCACUACCCACUACUUUGGUCCCCUAGUACCUCCCAUUUCACUGUCAUGUCUCAUAUAUUCUAUUCCACCCCCUAAGACUUCUUUUCCUCAGCAAAAAAUGAACUAACUAUACCUACAACACUUAGCCUGCCAAGCUCCUCAAUUUUAUCACUUACAAGGUAAAGAUUAGUUUUGCAUAAAACUGUAGGAGACAAUUCAGAUAAGUUGUUGUUCGUUUUGUUUUGUUUUUGCUGCUGUAUAACAACAACUGCCUUUCUUCCAAUUCCCACUACAGUAUUCAUUUCCUGUUGUGCCCUCACCGGAAAUGCCUUUAAUAUCCACAUUUCUAUCAGUGGUUUGGCUCAGGCAAUCUAUAGUGUCUCUAUUAAGUUUACCAUCAACAGUUGUACCACCCUCCACCCAGCAUCCAAUUCAAAAGCCAUUUUCACAUCUGUAGGUAUUUUUCAUAGCAGUACCCCAGCUCAUACUAAAAUUUAUAUCAGAUUUCUAUGGUUACUGUAACAUAUUCCCACAAACACAGAGGGAUAAAAUAGUAGAUUUCUUGUUCUGUAGUAUUUUUAAGGUCACAAAUCCAAAACCAUGCUAUUGGCAGGAGAGUACUCCUGUGCAAGCUCUAGGAGAAAAUCCAUUCUUUCCAUCUUUUCCUGUGAUUGUCAUUAUUCCUUGGAUUGUGGCUUCAUCUUACUACUCUCUCUUGUUUGACAUCUUCCCCUCUGUAUAUAUAAUCUACCUCUGCUUUUCUCUUGUAAGAUAGUUUUGAUGACCCGUUCAGAUUAUCUGUUAUAACAUUUGGAUUUUCAGAGCCUACAUUUAAUUACAACUUCACAUACCUGUCUAACAGAAUAAGGUAAUAUCACAGAAUCUUGGAAUUAGCACAUAAAUGAACAUGUCUUUGGGGGGGCAUAAUUCAGCCACUACAAUAGUCAUUGCAUAUAAAUGUACUUUAUACUUUUUAAAAUGCAUCCUUGGUGCUCAAGCCAAAUUUAAGGUUGUUAUUAAAAGCUACUGUCUACACAGGCUACUGCAUGCUUUGUUACUAAAUAGACAAAAAGACUAUUCUAAAUUUUGGUUAAUACUUUCGCCACUGUAACCAAUGAGCUGAAAAAAAUCACUGAUCACAACUCUACUCUGGUGUAUCUCUUCUGCCCCCUUUUUUUAUGAAGCCUUUGUUGAAAUAUCUUCUAUCAUGCAUAAUGUAGGCACAAAACUACCUCUGAUACAGAAGGGUUCUUUACAAACUUCCUUUAGAUAUUUUGAAUCCCUCAGCUGAAGGGAGAGGUAAAAGCAAAGACUGUGUUGAAUGGGUAUUGAGGGAGAUUGUGUCCAUAGCAAGCCACCUUAAAGAAAUAGUUCAAGUAGCAGUAAAACUGUCAAUUUGUGCUAUCAUUUCACCUUGGAAUAAACACCUGUAUUUGCGCCGGACCAAUAAUGACUUGCAGUCUCUGUAUAAUGCCUACUAAUCCAAUAAAGCUUAGAUCUGCAUUAAA